CAGCAGCUGUCCACGUCGGAAUCGGAGAUGAGCAGCAUCAAAAGCGAAUUGGAGAUUGUGCAAAGGGCGCUGCGGCUGCAGACGAGGAGAUGUCGACAGUUGGUGGCGGAGUAUACGAGGAGGUUGCAGGAGAAGGAGCAGCAGUACCAGUCGGAGAAGUUGCUCAGAGAUAGUCAGCUGACGAAGGUGUUGAGGGCGUUAUUGAUUUUCGAGGCGCGAUUGAAGCAGGAGCAGAAAUAUAUUAGUCAUCAGCUGAAGGAGAAGGAUUAUAUUAUUAAGAGGCAGUGCGAUGAUAUCAGUAAGCUUUCCAAUCAGUAUUGCAAGCAUUGCAACCAGUUUUACAGUCCGGUGAGGAAUUUGGAAAGUUUGGACAGCAGCUCAGAGUACGUGGGCACGGAUUACCAGGACUACCAAAGCUCCAACGUGGAAUCGUUGGACAGCAGCUCGGAAACGUACGCGACGAUCUCCGAGAAAGAUUUCCCGAAGUUGGAGGAGAAAUUGGAGAGCGAAGGGAAGAUCUACCAGAAAAAUAAGAUGGCUAUAAAGCGGGGUCGAAAGAUUGGGCACAGGAAGAGCGUGGGCACCUACUUCGAGGUGCUGAAGCUCAGGAAGGACGCGGUCAGUCCCAGCUCCAACGACGACAACACUAGUAACGAUUACGAGAACUUGGAGUCUCUGCCGGCGGAGAGCAUCUCGGGAAAGAUUAGCACGGUUUCCGAGAGGAUCGAGAAGGCGUUUGCGGAUAACUUGACCGAAGACAAUUUAGACAAGCACGACAAUCAGUUCGUGUUGGAGGAGUCACGCAGCGAGGAGGAGGAAACGCUGCAGAACGUCAAUGAAGAGAAGAAAUCCACCGACGAGGAAACUGAAAACAAUUUGAUCAACGAGACGCUGGAGCUGAGCAAGAGUCAGGAGGAUGAGAAAGUGUCGAAAAUCACGGAAAGCAUACCAGUCUUCGAAGCGGACGAAGGUGAAACGAACGACAAUUGGUAUGCGAGCGCCAGCGAUCAGGAGGACGACGAGCAGCGCGACGUCUACAGAAACAAUCCAGUCCUCGAGUGCAUGAACCAAAUCUUGAUGCAAAACAUCAACGACAAUCCCAGCACUCCACCGAAGAGUCCGACGGUGGAGAGGAGGCAGGCGAAGAACAACAACAAACGAGUGAAAUUCAGCGACGAGGAUCUCGUCCACAAGGAGAACCUGCUGAACGCGGAGAACCUAAACUAUUACGAAACGCCGAUACAGAAGGCGCCCAAUUUCUACGAGACGCCGCAAAGCAUCUACAGCAACGACUACGAGCAGAUCCUCAGUAAAUGCAACGAAUCGUUCGUCCAUCCGAUUCCGGAGAAGCCGCAGAAACCGGAACCCACGGAACCGCCCCACUAUUACAUAGACAUGGACCCCAAUCAGACGAACCCGACGAAGAAGACGAAAAUCCUAAGAACUCCACCGGCUCUACCACCGAAACCGGCGAAUCUUCUAUCCAAAUACAAACUGCAGAACUUACCCAAAUCACCCGAUAAAUCCACGACGCCCAGCAUCGAUUCCGAACCGGACUACUGCUCCAUCUCAGAACUGAAUCUACCAACUAAAGCGAAGAAGUUAACAGUCGUCGCCGAAAUCAACAUUCCCAACGAAUCCAUAAAAACUUCAGAGAAACACAUCAUCUUACAUUCGCCGAAACAGAAAGACUGCAAAGCCGAAAAAGCGAAACCGCUGGUGGUUGUCGUUAAUAAAUCCGUUGAGAAAUUGAACAUACAAGUUGCCAAGCAGACGCCCAUAAAAACAGAAUCUCCAACGAAACCUAAACCUAAGGUGGAACAGGAAAUUCCGAUGUUGCCUCAAGUCUCCGAAAUCAUAAUCCCUGAAGAAGUCGAGAGCAGCAAAAUAAUCGCGCACGAUAAUUACAUUAAAAACAACAGUCAAAUGUUGAAGACGAAGCCGGAGACCGCUCGAAGAUCGAUCCUGAUUGGAACGUCCGUUUCGAGUCUGAUCACCGGCUUCAAUAAUCAGCAACUCCUCUCGGAGAUUCACAGCAAAUCGCCGAAAGGUAAACUGAACAAGAAGAUGUUUGCUAGUUUUGAGUCGCUUCAAAACAUAGAGAAACAGAGUAAGCCAGCGGAGAAGAGCCCGGACGACUCGCACGAUUUCGCGAAAUUCGAUCUGAGUCAAAAUUUCGAGGAGUUCAAGCUGGACGAUUGCGAGAUCGAGGAGUACAACGUCGAUAAUAACAUCGAUACGGAAGAGGUGAUUGCUGAGACUAAAGAGGAGGACGAAGAUGAUGAGGAGGAAACGCAGGAGGAGCACGUGCUUCCGGAUAUUCUGACGACGCCGACGAAGAUGAGUUCCACUAGGGUGGAAUUGGUUAGAGCUACGAACGAUGUGUCCGUUCCAACGCUCAAUCAGGCUACCAUCCAGCAGCUGAAGAAGAAACUGGAGCUGGACAAGAGCAAAGAGGUGUACCAGUCGACGACGGUCAACAACGGCUCGGAACCCAGCUACGAGCACUUCCUAGAAUGCACAGGUUUAAGUUCCAAGUCCAUCCUGACGCCCUCGAGGCUGCUCAGCAACCACAAGAGUAUGCUCAAGCCCAAAGACGUUAAAUUGAGGUCGAAAGUCAAGUCGAACGUUCUCGACAAGCAGAGCAACACCAUCAAAUAUUGGUCGGAGCCCUACAUAUGACAACAGCCUGACAGCAUUUUAUAAACACUAUUAAUAUAUUCAAACAAAAAAUAAAUUAAA